UCGGUUAGCUGGUCAUUCACUCCUAAAGGAAAAUCUUACUGGUCGUUUGCCACUCACGCCGUACUCAUACUGCCCGCAGUGCUGAAAGUCAAAUGCGAUUGUGGAGUGCCUUCACCCCAAUUACUCUACUUCCCGUUGUCACGGCUGGUUUUCUUGUUGGCCAAAUGACUUUCGACCAGACACAACCUCUUGGCCAAAUGACUCCCAACCAGACACAACCUCUUGGCCAAAUGACUCCCAACCAGACACGAUCGUUCGUGGCCAUAGUCCCUUCAUUUGGUAGUUCAUAUGAAGGUAGGUAAACCAAAACUUUCUCCUGGUCUUAACCUAUGUUUUCCCAACAGACACU